AUGUCAGGUCUUGACGUUGAAGCUCUUCUCGAAUCUGCAGCAGCUCCCUCAGUUCAGGAAUCGCGAGAUUCCCGCGAUCGCGAUGACCAUUCCAGAGCCGACCCCAGUGACCGCAAGGACCGCGAUCGUUCUCGGGACAGAGAUCGCCGACGACGAGACCGCAGUCGCGAUCGCCGACGUGAACGAGAUGCCGAUGGAGACGAGGAAAUGAAGAGUCCGAGAAGCGAGCAUGGCAGUGCUAACGGAAGCCAUAGAAGCAGAAAGAGGAGCAGGAGCCGCGACAGCGACCGACGCCGCGCUCGCCGCGACCGUGAUGACUACCGCUCUGGGGGUGACUAUUACCGUGGUGGAGGACGUGCUCGUACUCGCUCUCGCUCCCCUCGUGAUGACCGUUACUACCGUCCUUCAGGACGUUCGCGGAGAGAUGACCGUGACGAUGAUAGGCGCCGUCGAGACCGUGACCGUAAACGCAGCCCUAGUCCACGGCGUCGUAGCAGGACUCCAGCAGAACCUCAACUUACCGAGGAUGAGCGUGACAGACGUACCGUCUUUGUGCAGCAGUUGGCCGCUCGUCUCAGGACUAAAGAGCUAAUUGCCUUCUUUGAGAAGGUUGGGCCUGUGAAGGAAGCUCAGAUCGUUAAGGAUCGUGUGAGCGGGCGCUCUAAGGGUGUGGGCUAUGUCGAAUUUAAAGACGAAGAAUCAGUUCCCCUUGCUAUCCAGCUUACCGGCCAGAAGCUUCUAGGGAUCCCUAUUAUUGCACAAUUGACCGAAGCCGAAAAGAACCGACAAGCUCGCAAUCCCACUGUCAGCGGCAACCAUAACUCUAUUCCGUUCCAUAGAUUAUAUGUUGGUAAUAUUCAUUUCAGUAUCACUGAGAGUGAUCUGCAGAACGUUUUUGAACCUUUCGGUGAGCUCGAAUUUGUCCAACUACAGAAGGACGAGACCGGACGCAGCAGAGGAUAUGGAUUUGUCCAGUUCCGUGACCCUAACCAAGCUCGUGAGGCCCUGGAGAAGAUGAAUGGCUUUGAUCUUGCUGGUCGACCGAUUCGUGUUGGCCUUGGCAACGAUAAGUUCACCCCUGAAUCGACCGCGAACCUUUUACAGCGUUUCCAAGGCCAGGGCGCAAACCAACCAAGUUACCAGGGUUCAUUAUUCUCUGGCCAAGGAGGCCGCGGUGUUCACGCUGGCGGUGCCGGUGGCAACUUCGAUCGUGCAGGUGGCAGAGACGACAAGGGUACAAGCGGCGCCAGUGCUCUGGAUGACACGGAUGUUGCUGGUGUGAACUUCAACAACUAUAGCAGAGAUGCAUUGAUGAGGAAACUUGCCAGAACAGAUGAGCCUGAACCCUCCGCCGAUGAGAAAGCAAAGAUUCUCAAACCGAAGACCGAGACCAAGCCAUUGCCUGUCAAUGUCAACAUGGCGAGCAGAUGUGUGUUGCUGCGUAAUAUGUUUGACCCUGCCGAGGAAGAAGGUGAAAGCUGGGUCAAGGAGCUGGAGGAUGACGUCCGCGCUGAGUGUGAAGAAAAAUAUGGCCACGUUGUUCACAUUGCUCUAGAUCCUCAUUCGCAGGGCGAUAUCUACCUCAAAUUCGACCGAGUCCAGGGUGGCGAGAAUGCCAUCAAGGGCCUCAACGGCCGUUUCUUUGGUGGUCGCCAGAUUACCGCUCAACCUGUCGUCGACGCUGUGUACAGCAGUCUUUUUUCCCGGACAAAGGCGAUCUAG